AUGCAAUUGGUGUUCCCACCUAACAAAAAGGCCGCCUCUGGUGGAACCUUCCAAGUCGGUGAUACUCCCAUCACGCUUUCUGUGAGCCCAUCUGCAAAAGCCACGGGCACAGUGGAAGCACAUCUCAUUCCGAGCCUGAAUCUCGGCAUCACUGCGUUGAAUGGUGCAGCUGAAGCGAAAGUCUCCCUCGAGCUCGACGCCUCUUCUUCCAUGAAGCUCGACCUCGGCGGGACCUCUGAAACUAUUAUUCCUCUCAAUCCGCCAUCGCCUUCUUCCGCCAUAUCAGUUCCAGCGCCAAUACCCUCUACUAUAGCCGCCUUUAACGGCUGCUUUGGAAUUGGCGCCGGCUUCAACGUUAACGCAGGCGCUUCUGCCGCUUUGUUCGGCAUAUUCAACCCUAAGGUGAAGUUGCCACUUCUCUCCAAAAACUUCGACGUCUUCAAGAAAUGUUUUGGUACAUCAACGGGGAAAAGGAGCGAUAUCGUCGACACCGACAUUUGGGAUUACAUGUCCGUUGAUCCUGCCAGCACAUUGGAGGAUCGUGCUCUUGCGUUAACUUGCCCUGUGUUGGGAACGCUCCCUUUGCUACCUAUUGCAGACCAAACCAUCCCGGUGAUUGGCAUUAAAACAUUAUAA